AUGGCGUCUUCCGCCGCUUCUCCUUCCUUAUCUAUACUCUCUUUCACAUCGAAACCACCGUCUUCCUCCGUCACCACGCAGCGGCUCUAUGCUUCAUUCAGAACAGACGGUGGUUUCGCGCCUUUAACACUCAAAUCCCGUCGCGGCCGUGGUAUCAUCGUCAGAGUAGACGACGUCGAUGCCGACGGAGGUGGACCGGACGAGUACGACAUGGAUGACGAAGAAGUGGAGGAAGUAGACAACAAGAAGGACUACGACGUCGAGUACGAUCCCUUGGCUGCCGCGAUGGCGGCUGCAGGCGGUGGCGGUGACGGAGAUAUAGCUUUUGUGCAGAGCAAGAGCUUUAUAUCGACACAGGGAUGGGAUUCGGAGAUGGUGGUUGAUUAUCGGAUAAACGAAGAGGAAUUCCAUAAAAUCAGGUUAAUGGACUGCGAUUUCUUUAUCAGGAAACCGCCUGAUCCAGAUAACGAUGUUUAUGAUUUCAGAGAGAUGUAUGUUACUCCUCCGGAUACAGAUAUUUACUCAAUUCCGAGAGUUCUUGCUCCAAUGCCUCAAAAGUAUAUUCGAUGUGCAAUGAGUGACUAUGGAUGCUACAAUGUCACUGAACCGCCUAUUGAUGCUCCUCGAGAUCCACUGUACAAAUCUGAGAGGGAGAUAUCCAAGGUUUUCUUGACAAAGCAUUACCGUAACAGAAGAUUAAACGACCCAGAAUUUGUCCUAGAUCUUGAAGAGAUCUAUGUUAUUGAUUCCAAGACAAAGUCAAUCACCAGAGCCAGAGUUCUGGUGACAGUUCCGGGAGGAAGAAAAAGGGAUAGGAAGGAUGACUUGCUCGUGAUACGCGAUAAUGGAAAUUCCUUUAAAAUCAUACACGUGGGUGAAAGAGAUGACCCGACAACAGUUAUAGAAAGGGAAGAGUGGAACAAGACCCGAGAAGAUAUGGAGAAACAUCUCAGAAAACUACGGGACUUCAGUGUCUCAAAUUGGUUCUAA